UAUCGCGCAUUCGUUGGCAAUCCUGUAACUUUCGGUCAGAUUCAACCGGACUUCGCCAAGAUGAAAACGUUGUUUAUGAUUUUGUUUAAUAUUGUGUUUGUUGCCACCGCGGCAAAACGUAUUGAUGGAGAAACAAAGAGAAUGCUUUUAGCAUCAACAGCAUGCAGCGAUGUAUUAUCAGACUGCAGCUCCUAUGAUCCGUCUGUCUGUACGGAUGAUAAAUAUAAGCAAUGGGCCACUCAAAACUGCGCAAAAACAUGCCAUAAAUGCUCAAGCACAAGUGGAGGUGGGACUGGAAAUGGCGGAACAAUAAGUGGUAGUUCGGCAGGAUGUGUAUAUAAGUCGCAGAUAUACCAGCAAGGACAGACCUGGAGGGAUGGUUGUAAAUUAUCCUGCCACUGCCUUGAUGGGUUUUCUGGUCAAUACACGUGUAACGAACUGUGUUUAAUAUGGGAUCUACCACUCCAGUGCCAUAUGCAGCCCCCGGUCGCGGGAAAAUGUUGCGGUAAACCAUAUUGCCCGGAAGGUUUCACUGUCAACUACCCGCCUGGAUAUGUUGACCAAUAAUGCCCUUGAAUUGACAAUUUCUGGAUGUAAAACAGCCGAUGAAUACACGUUCAAAUAACA